GCAUAAUUCCCCAUCACCUGCUCCACUCCCCCCAACCGGACGGUUCCCCACGGCCCGUGCCCCAUUGCCAUCCUUAAACAAAAUUGAGAAGCUCCAAUUUAUUUGAGCAGGGAUACAUUUUUCCAUUUCUGCUAAAAAAUCUGUGCGCUUAGCCUUAUUAGAGGCGCGCCGAGCACGACCUUUGGGAGAUAAACGGGAGGCUUGACUCGCAAAAAUGCAAAAUGGAUGUUGACCACAUGAAGGAAUUGAAAUCUUCUACCUUGCCUUGCUCAUAAAAUUGAAAUCUUCUGAAAUGAGCCUUCACCCCCGCGCUCAAUAAAAUUUCUCAUUCCAGUCUUCAGUCCUCGUUGCUCGCGACGGCCGAACCUCUCACUUCACGCCGACGCGAACGCUCCUCGGUUCAUAGAGACUCGCUCUAGUCCCAGUAAACGAAUAGCCUCCGCUUCUCCCAGCGGACGAAUCUCCUCUCGAGUCUCGAAGAAGAAAAUAGCUCAGGAACUGCAGGCACCAAAAGGAUCCAUAGGAAGGAAUGAAGAUAAACUUUACGCGUAGGUGAUAUUAUCAAUUUCAAGAAACAGAGCAAUAGCAGCUACGGCGACAAGAUUUAGGAGAGUGUGAUUUCUUUUGGCGAAUUGGCCUCCCUCACGUCACUAUGGUGUUAUUUCAGGAAGAGUUCGAUUUGGAGUUAAAAAAUAAAUAAACACAACCUUUUCAUCAGGGUGGUAUUGGUUGACCACGACAAUAUAAGGCCUGGGAGGACUGAGGAACCAUUUUUUAAGCACUUUAACUAUAUAUACGUAGUAUAUAUUAAGCACUUCAUUGUUUGGAACCCCAUUCAGCUCCCCUACCUCCUAUCCCCAACCCAAGCAAAUGGAAGCUAAAGAGCCAAUCAUCAUCACAGGAAAAGAGGAUAUGCGAAAAUGGUCAAGAUGCGUAAGAGCCCAAGGCAAGACCAUAGGUUUUGUACCCACGAUGGGCUACCUCCACGAAGGUCAUAUUUCCCUCAUCAGAGAAGCACAAAAACACGCACAAGCCAUAAUAGUCUCCAUCUAUGUGAACCCAGGACAAUUUUCUCCCAAUGAGGACCUAUCCACAUACCCUAGUGAUUUUCUCGGAGAUAUCCAAAAGCUAAGGUCAAUUCCUGGUGGUGUAGAUGCUGUGUUCCACCCUUAUAACCUGUAUAAUCAUGGAGACGGGUGUAAGAGGAGUCAACAACAAGAAUUGGUUAGAGGAGAAGGAAAUGAGGUUUCCUGUGUGGGAGAAAAUGGGGGAGGAGGGCAUCAGACGUGGGUCAGAGUUGAAAGAUUAGAGAAGGGGUUGUGUGGGAAGAGCAGGCCUAUCUUUUUCAGAGGGGUUGCUACUGUUGUUACCAAACUGUUCAACAUCGUUGAGCCUGAUGUUGCUGUCUUUGGCAAGAAGGAUUAUCAGCAAUGGAGAAUUAUUCAGAAAAUGGUGCAAGAUCUUGAUUUUGGAAUCAAGGUGAUUGGUGCCGAGGUUAUGCGAGAAGACGAUGGCCUUGCAAUGAGUUCUCGUAAUGUGCGGCUCUCGCCUGAUGAGAGAAAACAGGCUCUAUCAAUAAUUCUGGCACUUUCAAAAGCCAAAGUAGAAGCAGAGGUAGGUGGAAAGGAUAACUGCAAGGAGUUGAGAAGUCUAGUUAUCCAAUCUGUAGAAAAGGCUGGUGGACGAAUAGAUUAUGCCGAGAUUGUUGACCUAGAAAGUCUAGAGCCAGCUGAAGUGAUUAAGAUGCCUGUGGUUUUCUGUGUGGCGGCUUGGUUUGGAAAUGUCAGAUUGAUCGACAAUAUAGAAAUCAAUGCCUCUUGAAGAUGUUGACCAAUAACCUCUGGACUGGAAAUGACUACUCAAAAGUCAGAAGGUUUUGCCCUGUCAAACAUUUGGAUCUCUAUUUGUUACACAUACAUUACUUUGAAAUCGUCAAUGAUAGAAUUUGUCAUGUGAGUAGUUAAUAGAAUCAUCUAAGCAUUUGAAAUUAGGGAGUACUUUGAAAAGGUCAAUAAAAGUUGCAAUGUGUGUGCAAUUUGUGUACUCAUCAGAAAAAUCUCAGCAUUUGAAUAA